AUGUCGCAUUUCCCAGUUGAUAAUUACACAGUGUUCCCAUUAGAGGUUUUGACUAAAAUUUUUAGAAUCUAUAUAGAUUCUGAUGAUCAAUCAAAACUCAUGAGUAAGAAUUACACAAAUGUGUUGAGUUUGAACCGAACAUUUCUUGAAAUUUUUGGCCCAGAGCGUAUAAUGAAGGCUGAUUUUUAUGCUUUGAUUCCCCUUCGCUCAACCAACUAUGUCAAAAGCUUUGCAAAUGAUGAAGAGUACAAAAAACACAUGUUCAGAGAAUACCGUUUUCGAGAAUUUAUCUUCAACUUAAGGAUACCCAGGAGAAAUGUGCCUCCAACGGCACCCGUACAUAUAAUCAGAAGAGAAUGGGAAAAUUUACAGUGGAUAACAGCUCCUCGUCAACUUGAGCUUUACAAUAGAGCAUUCUCAAGUGCUUACGAAGUCCUGGAUCUUGAAUUCCAUCCAGAUUAUAUUGAAAAACACUUUCCUGAGAUGCAGAGCAGAAAAGAACAGAGGGAUACACAAGUUUUUAAGAGUGUUAAAUCAUUGUUAUUAUUUUGCACUAGAGUUAUGAACAAUGAAAAUUCUAUUAUGAAAAAAUAUGUCAAGUCGUUCAACAUUGAUUUACUAUUUUUAGAUGAAUUUCAGACUGCUAGAACUUCAAAGCAUACUUUAUUCGGGAAAAUUUUGGAGAAAUACAGUGUUGGGCCUGAUAACAAUUACUUGAGUAUCAAACCAAAACCAUUCAAAGUGUUUUCAAAUUUUUUUGGUACAAGUCUUGAACAUUUCCACAAGUCUACCAGUUCAACCGCCUUGGACAUGUACAGAGGUUCUCUUGAACAUAGACGUGCAAGCUCAAGAGCAGAAUAUAUAUCAGCUUCUUUCCAAUUGAGCGCUGACUUUUUAUUUCAUCGUCAAUAUCUUGAUACAAGUGGUUCUAACACCUCAAAUCAUCUUGAAAUUCAAAAUAGAUGGCCAAUUUUCAAACAAAUUCUUUUAACCUCUGGAUUUCUUCAGCUGUUUUGUGAGAAUAAGAGAAUGAAUCUUGCUAAUUGCGUCUCCAAGAAAGAAGCACAGUCAGUGUUGAAUGAUGUUUUUGAAACGUUCGAUAGAUUUGAAGGAAUUAGAAUCAAGAGAAGAAUUAAUCUUGCAGUUAUGCUGCGCCAUCGAGACAUGGAACACAAUCAAGCGUUUUGCUUUGCACAUUGUUUUUUCAAAGCUUUCAAUAACUUGGUUGAAGAAUUGGUUAAAGCUUGCACUAUAAACUCCUCAGAUCACAUUAGCACUUCGUUGGUGACUUUAGGAUUGAAGACCAAUGCAAAUGAUUGGGAAAACAAAGAGGCUUUUGAGCUCAUCAAACCCAAAAUGAUUGUCAUCAAUAAACCUGCAAGGUCCAGUUAA